AUGCCCUUCUACCUCACUCUUCCGCUGCUCUCCUUGAAGGCUGCUCGCUGCUGCUGCCUCAGAAGCAGCAGCAGCAGCAUUAACAACAGCAGCAGUAGCAGCAGCAGCAGAAUCACCAGCAGAAGCAGCAUCAUUACCAGCAGCUGCAGUAUUAGCACCAGGAGCAGCACUAUUAGAUGCAGUACUCCAAGCAGCAGCAGCACGCCAAGCAGCAGCAGCAGCAGCAGCAGCAGCAGCAGCAAUGCGAGUGGGGGGGUUUUGCGUUUGUCUGGUGCCCGGCUGAGGCAUGUGCCUGGGGCAAGCCGCAUGCGGUGGCCUUACAGGCCUCCUGCAGCAGCAGCAGCAGCAGCAGCAGCAGCAACAGCAGCAGCAAACUGGAGGGAGAUGGUUAGGAUACCCCUCAGAAGCCCACAGACAGGCGAACCAGUAGAUUGGCUUAAUACAGAGCCUGAGUCAGGGUUAGAGGGCAUAGCCGAGCACGGAGAGGAGACAGUUUAUGUAGAGGGUCUCCCUAUGGGCCGCACCCCUGAGUUUAUACAAGAGAGGCUAUCUCGUUAUUUUGCUCGAUUCGGAGCUGUCUCUAAAGUUUAUGCACUUCCUAAUAAGCUUGAUGCUUAUCAAUGCGCAGGCUCUGCUUUUGUCUCCUUUAAAGAGUAUCUUUCUCAAUCAUAA